AUGUGGGAGGAUGACAGCAGCUAUCCUGGCAUGGUAGGCUGCUGUGCUGGCAACGACCCCAACGCCUGCGCAUACGAGACGACGUGCUACGAUAAUAAUGAUAUCUCUGCCACGCCCAGUCUGACAGAGCAUUAUGAUAUUUUCGGUGUUUACUGCACAGCCACUGGCGCUCCAGCCUGUCAGACAUGGACAUAUCCCGACCUCGGCGUUAUGGGUUACGGGUGUGGCUAUACUGCUGAUUUCGAGACCUUAUACUUGGUAGCUACAUUGACAUCUACCACCGAUACCAGUUAUUACGAUGGGUACCCCACCGUUGCCGCUGUCAGUCCUUCAAUUGUCGAUGAUCAGUGGAUUGAUAUCUAUGUGUCUGGCACCGCCGCUACAGCCACGACGGCAAUGUCGGCUGAAGUAACACCGGGCCUGACCACUUCAACUACCUCUCAGUCAACAACAAACAGUCCCUCAUCAGUACCCAGUCACUCAUCGAAGAAAAGCUCAUCUAAAAAUACUGCAGCUAUUGCUGGAGGUGUUGUUGGUGGAGUAGUCGGCGCAGCUGGUAUCGGUGCAGCGAUUUUUAUGUUUUGGCUCCUGCAAAAGAAGAGAAAGCAUAAAAAUACAAACACGAUCGCUGAAGCCUCACAACCUGCAUUCGGUGGCUCAGGUCCAACUGAGAACAUGCCUCAAUAUCCUACGAGUAUCCUUGUACCCCCUCAGGAGGUCGAGGGCAGCACAUAUCAGCAAUAUGCUGAAGUAGACGGAUAUUCCGCAGCCCAGAAAUUCCCGAGCUCAGCUGCAGCUCUAGAUUCUUUGGAUAACAAGGCUCAAGCGAUGGAUUCAAAGAGCUUUGUUGCAGAAUUGCCUGCUCAUCAGGAUGAACAACGUCCCCUCUCUGGUGACACGUCGCGGCCAAGUUCACCCCAACGUCGAUAG